GUGUUAGAGGGCGCUAUUCACCGAAAACAUGAGAUCGGGAAUAUAGAAUCGUAAUUUUAAUAAUGGCGGAAGCAGUUAUCGGAGCUCCACACUUUUUUUGUCACAAUUGUAAACAAGAAAUAAAUUCUCUGAAACAGGAUUAUACAUGCCCAAGGUGUAGCCAAGGCUUUGUUGAAGAAUUAGAAAGUGGAACAACACAAGAACAGAAUGCAAGAUCAACGAAUGAAGGUCGCAGAGAAUUACUAGAAAACAGAUCCGAGGAUUCAGGAGUUGCAUUUCAUCAUUUAUGGAAUGAACUUCAGCCUGGAGAUUCAAGAACUAGACGAUCAGAACCAGCAAGUGCUGCUCCACAUAGACGAAUGCCUUUCCCAGUCAGAGUAAGACAAAUAGGAAGAGAUGCUGAUCCAGCACAGGAUAUGAUUAUGAUUUUGCAGCACUUAUUAGGUAUGGGUGGAGUUGGAAGUCAUCCUUUUCCUAUACAGUUAAUGAAUCUACAUGGGAGACCGGGGGAUUAUGCAUGGGGUGAGCGUGGCUUAGAUACAAUAAUAACACAAUUAUUGAGCAAUUUAGAAGGAGGAGGACCACCUCCAGCAGAAAAGACAGAUAUUCAGAAUAUACCUACAGUGAAAAUCACAAAAGCUGAUGUUGAUGAGAAUUCAGAAUGUGCUGUUUGUAAAGAAGAAUAUACAGAAUAUGAAGAGGUUCGUAAAAUGCCAUGCGAGCAUCUGUUUCAUUCAGACUGCAUCAUACCGUGGCUGGAAAUGCAUAAUACAUGUCCUGUAUGCAGGAAAAGCUUAGAUGGAAGAUAUACCCGGAAUGAUUUUACAGCUGACGAGGAUGGUCCACCUGAUCAAACCGAAGACCGAAACUCCGAGCAAGCUUCAAAUAACAGCACAACUAAUACUAUAAUUAAUGAUUUCUAGACCUACGCAAAAAACUAGUACAUUAGAAUUAGCUUUUUGAAUAAGCAGGUAUGUCAUUUGCAUAGUACAACUGCAGUACUAAUACUGAGCAACAUAAUCAUAAUGGGUGGUCAUCACUGACAAAUUAACAAAUACAGAAAUAGCAGUUGACUAGAAGUAUAUGCUUUUGGAAUCAAUAUAUUAUGUUAGUCAGUUUCUGUAUUUGUUAAUUGUAUCGCAUAGUGCAAGGGUUAACUUUACAAGGAGUUCAAACUUUGGUGAAAUGGCAGAAAUCUUUUCAUAUGAGUUGGUGUAAAUUAUGUAUUUUUUGCUUUGAAGAUACUGUAUUAUGCAUUAGGAGUGGCUCCACAUUAAUUUGUAUUUGUAUGAUGACCAGAAGCAUUUUUUAAUAAUUAUUUUGUCCGAAUAAUAUUUUAGUUUUUAUAUGUAGUUGCAGCAAAUACAAAUGUUUGGUGUGCAUUCCAUGUAGGAUGACAGUUUGGUGACCUGAUUUUUUUUUUUUUUAUCUUUUGGUGAUGGUAAUAUAUGUGUCAAUGAUAACCUUUGUUAAUUUGUAUUAAUUUCAGAGGAGAAAACAUUUAUGUAAGUUACAGCAUUGAUUAAAAUAUAUUAUGGAUGAUUUAUCCUACCAACAACUUGUCUUAGAUGCAUCGUCCAUACUUUUUCCAUGUAGAUGAACAAAUUACUGUAAUUGAGGAUGGGGCUAGUUGUCAAUAUGCAUGGGGCAACUUGUCAACCAAUUACCAAUCAUCCAUCUAUGGGAAAAAACAUAUGGUCCUGGACAAAGCAUCCAGCAUUUGAGAUUACUGUAUGUGCUCUCCAUAUGAGACGAACUGUCCAGCCGACGGGGGUGUCUAAACACAACAUACCUUUCUAUGUAUCAAAGUUUUCAAGAUGAUUAGUUGUAUUCUAAUUGAAAUUGUAUCACUUUUAUUUUUGUAGGUGUAUUUUAAUCCUUAUCGUUAUUGUUAUAAACCGUAUUAACUUAGAAAUAAAGGUUUAUGGAUGGUACAGAACAUAUUUCAAUAACAUUCAGGCCCAAAACAGUAUGAGUACACUGUUUGAUACUUAAAAGUGGGAUUUAAGAAACAUAAUUGGUUGCCCUGAACUAAUAGUGCAAGUAGGCUUCGGAAUUUACACAAAUUAUUUUGAGAAGUUAAUUAGACUAAAACUCAUAGUAUUUUCCAAUCGCAGUAUGUGGAUGGAAAACUCUUUCAGUGCCCAAUCUGGCUGCAGAUAUUUUAGGGUUCUAGGCCUAAUUCUUAUUGAAAAAUCUCAAUAUUUGAGGCUAGUAUCUUUUGGAGGAUUUUAGCAAAACAUUCUGACAGUGUUCUUAAGUUUUAUUUCCAAGCUGCUUGGAAGACUCCACUAACGUUCCAACUAACAUUUUUCAGCAUCACUGAUGUGCCUUACAGCAGAAACAAUCCGAGGAAGCCAUGGUCAUAGGAGCUUUUGUCCCAAUUAUUAAUAAUAAUUGUGAACUUAUAUAGCGCAUAAUGUAAAAUACCUCUAUGCACUUAAAAUGUCAAGUGCUUAGAGGUGCUGUUGGCAUUAAUUUCUAUAUAAGUCGAACAUAUUAUUAUUAUUCAAAUUGAUUGUUUUACACUGGUCAGUGGUCGCACAUUGUGUCUAUUAAUUACAUUCUUGUUUGUGCUUGUGGUCAGGUUGUUAUGGUACUCAAAUUGAAUGUUAAAGAUGUAUUUUCUGUAUUAAGCUGAUAUAUUCAACAUUUUAAUUAUUUUGUAAUUAUUUAUUCAAUUAGGAAAUUUAAAUUGAUAAAAUAUUUUCCCAUCUAAUCAAAUAUAUAGUGUAAAUGACCAGAUAAGACUCGGGGUGCUUAUGUAAUUUUUCUGGCAUAAGUGAAGUAUUUAAUUGAAAGAGGCACUUGUUCCAAUUUAUUGGAGUGGUGUUAUCUUAAUUUGUUAAAAUGGUACCAUAUGUUGUACAUAAGCCUACCUUACAUGUAUAAAAGCAGUAUUGUUUAGUCUUUGCAUUGAGGAAUAAACUAGAUGAGAAAUUACUUUAGAGAACCGCUCUUAGGCAAACCGAAAGAAAUGUUUAUUUUUAUGGGCCCAUUUGUACUACCACAAAAGAACUUAUUUCUUAAGAAUGGUUCUUUCGUGUCAGUAGAAACACCCAUGCUGCCCCCAAUGACAUUGAUUAACAAGAAGGUUGUUUGGUAAUGACUUAAUAAUGCGCUGCAAUGCUUAUUCAUAAUAGAUCUAAUAAGAAACAUGGCCUUUCAAAAGCAGCAUUUUAUUAAUUAGAUUAUCAACUGGUAGAAUUAGUUGAGUUGUGGGUGGGAGAUUGGGGGACCAGAAAAAUGUCAAUAUUUUGUUUUCUUACUUUGUAUAUUUAAGCAAGUUAUUAGCUUUCAUAUGAAAAAAUAAUUUAAAAAUGUGAAUCCUUAAAUUGGCUGGUAAUCAACUUCAUAACUAAAUACUAAUACAGUUCGCCUUCCAAUUCGAGACCACCUUUGGUACCUAAAAAAUUUAGGGUAAUCUUGAGUUUCGGUCUCCAUUUAGAGGGUUGGCUUAGUGUUAAUAAAUUGAAGAUUGUUUUUUUUUUUGUUAUUUUAAAAAGUAGUUGGAAACGUCUGUAAGUUAUUGUUUUUGAUCUGUGUUAUUAAGUGUUAAUAAUUUAUAUGAUUCUUUUCAAUUACCCAUUCAGUGUUUACAUUUUGAGGGGUUUCCAUAAUAUGACAAACAGUAUAUCUAUGUAUUUUACUGUACGUACCCUUUGAAUGGACCAUAAAUAAAUGGAUUGAAGACUUUUAUAGUAACAGUCAUGCAAAUCAGCUAAAACAUAAUUAUUUUGAUGUGUUUUUCAUCUAAAUUGAUAUUUUUGUUGUUUUUUGUUCAUUGAUUUUAUUACAGGCCACAUAUCUUCAUAUGAAUAGACCAUAAAUAAAUGGAUUGAAGACUUUUAUAGUAACAGUCAUGCAAAUCAGCUAAAACAUAAUUAUUUUGAUGUGUUUUUCAUCUAAAUUGAUAUUUUGUUGUUUUUUGUUCAUUGAUUUUAUUACAGGCCACAUAUCUUCAUAAUUCUGAAUAUUACAAUCCUUUUAUGUUGAAAAAAAUAUUGAUCACAUUUACAAAUCAACUACACAGUAAUCAUAUAUUUAUAAUUACAAUGAUCAGUGCAUAUAGGCCUAAAUGUUAUCAUAUUGCAUUAUAUGUAAUUCUAAUGUCCAUGUCUUACCGUGAAUAUUAGUAGGUAAAUAGAAGUUAGUCAAAAAAUAAAAUACAAACAAUAUGAGACUGUAUUAAAAAUAUCAAACAUUCAAUUAUUAAUA